UGCCUCUUUUUCUACUUUGGCAGAGUCUUCAAUAUGUUCAGGAAGUAUAUUUGAAAGGUGGGGAAUCAGCAGCAGAAGAAAAAGUUUUCGAAGAGCAGAAACUUACACACUUUUUGUUUUAUAUCUGUGAAGUAAAAAAAAAAGUGAACCUCAGCCCGACUUCAUCAAAAUGCAAAGGAGUGUAUUACAAACUGCAUCUCAGCUGGCACACGGGACAUGUUUGGUUUUUUCUCCCACUAAUAUCUUUCAGCGCUUAAAAGAACAAUCAGUCUCAUCUAAUGUUGGUUGCAAAGUGAUUUUGGCACUGGGCCCUCCUAAACGAUGUCACCAUGCAGGUGCAGCACUGUUUGCCUCAAAGAAAAGUACGUUUUCAUCCCAACCAGCAAACACUCGUCACAAAGUACCAGAAGAGAGAAAUGCUUUGACUUCAGCAAAUGAUAUACCCAAGCAGAGCCCUGUAGAAUCAGAUUCUUCAGACCCUGAUCCAUUACAAGACAAAUCAAUUAGUCUUUUUCAGCGAUUCAAGAAAACUUUUAAACAGUAUGGAAAAGUCAUGAUUCCAGUGCAUCUUUUGACUUCCACUGUAUGGUUUGGAUCCUUUUACUAUGCAGCCAUGAAAGGAGUGAAUGUGGUUCCAUUUCUGGAAUUGAUUGGCUUACCAGACAGCAUACUAAACAUCCUGAAAAAUUCCCAAAGCGGAAAUGCACUGACUGCGUAUGCAUUGUAUAAAAUUGCAACUCCUGCCAGAUACACGGUGACUUUAGGAGGAACAUCCAUCACUGUCAAAUAUCUACGUAAAAGUGGCUACAUGUCCACACCACCACCAGUAAAGGAGUAUCUGCAAGACAGGAUGGAGGAAACAAAGGAUAAAAUUACAGAGAAGAUGGAGGAAACAAAGGAUAAAAUUACAGAGAAGAUGGAGGAAACAAAGGAUAAAAUUACAGAGAAGAUACAGGAAACCAAAGAUAAAGUUUCAUUUAAAAAAAUAAAGGACUAGGAAAGAUGCUUAAUUUUUGGAUUUAUCAAAUUUAGCACUUUAACCCUUUGAGGCAGGAGAUACUAAGUGCACUUCUGAGCUUUCUUUUCUUUUUUUUUAAUCUGGAGACUACAAUUGCUCUGUGGAUUAAAAAUUUCUGUACAUUCACCAAGGCUAAAAUUCCCUGGGAGAGGGUAAUUGUAACAAAUUUUUAAUUCAUAAAAGCAAAAAUGAAUCUCAGAGUAGAAGUGGUUAAUAGCAUCAACACUUCUUCCCCAUUUUUUCUUCAAAAAUGAAGAUGUUUCUUCCACAAGCCAUCAUCUUAAUGCACUGCUAUUACCCUGUCAGAAUGAAUCUUCCAUUACACAAGAAUGAAGAUUUCUCUACUGGGGAGGACGAUAUAUUUUGGUUUUCAGAAUAUGUGUAGCCAGGCCUCUUUAGCCACUGUCAUCUCUCAACUCAGAAACAGACCGUUAUCACAGAUACUGCACAUGAAGGAAUCAGUGGAUUAGCUACUCAGCCUGUAUAAAUUGUAACAGCUACAUUGACUUCAGCUGAGCUUUGGCAGUUUACAGGUUGAGGAUAUGAACCUUUCCUGGAAAGUGUCUUAACUUUUCAGAAAUCUCUUGACUGAAAGGGUUAGGAAGAUGAGUUAAUCACAAUAGCCAUGUUGUCAGGUAUAUUUUUUUUUUUCUGAAGUUGAUAUACAAUAGAAGGCUAUUAAAUGAAAUGAAUCAAUAAUUGUAUAAUAAAAACUAGAUUUGUUUUAUUAUGUUAAAGCUUACAAAACUGUUGUAUUUCGUGGUAGCCCUACGCUAACAAAAAAAAUAUUCAAAAGGAGAGAAGUUUACUUGAUUAACUGGUGUACUUUUUAAAAAUAAAAGUGUUUAGAGGUAAACUCAACAGUUCCCAAGAAUUCCUAAGACUUCAGAAGAACAGUUUACCUAAAUUAAGCAUAAUUUCUGUGAGACAGUGAUCACAGUCUACCAGACGUUUUCCUCUAGAUGUACUUAGGACGAGCAAAUACUUUUAUGCAGAGCUGAAGGCUGAAAUGCUGUGUCAGAGACAUCAUAAAGGACUGAGCUGAAACUGCUCUAUUUGACUGGGCAGGCAAACUUCUCUCUUGUUCUGAUUCAAAUUUAUGCUGAAUUAAAGUGGUUUUUUCCCCCUAUUUCUAUUACAGACCUCACUUUCUAACAAAUCUCUGCAUGCUUAUCUUGUUUAGCAAGGGUUUUUUUUGCAGGGUGGUAAGGGGGAGCAAGAGGAUUGGGAGUUGUAACUGACUAGGAUAAAAGAAUAUAGCUGAU